AUGACUGCACUUGACAGUCUCUUGCCAGUGGCAAAGAACAAGCGUUCGUCAGACGACGACAGUGACCUCAACGAUCUGACCAGUCCAAAACGCUCCAGGGCAAAACCAAGGCGUGCUCCGCCACUCUACAAGGCCAGAGUCAUCGAGACUGCCGACUCCUACUCGGUCCGGGUCCACGGGUCUACUGAAGAUCUCGAUGAGAACAUUCUCGUACGCAUGAAGAAGUGCCUCGCUCGUGCGAACCACCCCGAGACCCCAGAGGCCGAGGUCAAAGCUGCGCUGUUCAUGGCUUCCAAGCUGAUGACGACGUACAAUGUGACGACUGCUGAAGUGCUUGCUCACGAAACGCCAGAGGCUUAG